CGCAAGUUCACGAACUUGGAUUUCGUAACUGAGAUGCACUUUUCAAUGCUGCAAUCCAUCUCUAGAUCCCGGAUUUCUAAAUUCGUAGAGCUAAUUUUGAGUUGCGGAGCUUUCGAAGGAUGCGUGUGUGACAACGCCUACGAUUUUUGCGAAGUCACUAUUGUUUUUUAAACAACAGUUUGGAGCUAGUGCAUUUGUAAGGACUUGCGUUGUAGGUUUUUGUGAGCUGAUAGAGACUUAGUGAAAUGCGUAGAUAAGGUAACAGACGCUGCAACACUCGCUGACGAGUUAGAAGACAUUUCAUGAGAGGAUAUUGCAGUGGAGUCAUGGUCUAAGCAUGAUAGAGUGGCAUUUGACUGUUGAGUUUGUUGUUGAAGAUUUUCGGAUGGUUUUAUGACGCUGAGGAGUCAAUUGGCGUCAUGCAGGAGUGAAUUGUUUGGAUGUGAGGACAUGUUUAUUUAGGGUGAGGCUAUGGAAGUUGCCUCUAAUCUGAGAAUAUUUGGGAGUAUGACGAUGGCUCUGGCAACAAUGCCAUCACUCUCAGCUUCGAAUCUGCUAGGCGCUCAGAGUCCAACGCGUAUGACGAUUGGGCCGAUCUUUGGAAGAUCGAAUUUCUUCUGUGGAUUUUGCUCCUACGUGACUUGCCUGCAGAUAGGGUUCGACAGGAGAGGAGAACUAGUGAGGAGAGUUGGGAAUGAGCGGACUAAGGCUACAAUAGAGUUAUUGCAUAACGUCCUCGCCUAUUUGAAACCUGUAAAUUCUGAUAACGAGUCUCAAAACCUUAAAAAUCGCUGCUCGGCAACGUACAACCAUUUCGACAUUCAUGAAGCUCGAUUAGAGUACGAGUUAAAGGAUGCAGCCUGGUUGCGUGCGGAUGCGUACUCUGAGCAGCAACCAUUCACAAGGUACGUUGACAGCUUUAAGAAAAAGUUUGCAGAGCAGGAAUUUGCAGCACUGAAACGGCGCUUAUCUGGCCAACCCGGUUCAUACGUAUGUCUUGUAGCGGUAUCCAAUACAUUACCAACAGAUUCAAUUGAGGUGGACUGGCAAGAUUGUGAGAAGGAUAGACAAGUGCUCGGAACGCUUGAUUUUAGUCUUCAUCGCCCAUCUCCUGGUGAAUCUUUUGGGGGGCACAGGCUACCAUAUGGCUACAUUGCUAAUGUAUGCGUGGAGAAGUCGGCACGAAAACAGGGAAUUGCUUCAGCACUGUUGGAACGUGCAGUGCAGAUUGGGCGUGAUUGGGGGCUGAAUGCAAUUUAUGUACAUACACACGCUACUAACGAACCUGCCUUUAAGUUGUAUGUGAAGAAGGGGUUCGAGGCUCUUCAAUCAGGAUCUUCACAAAAGCUUGUGGAUGGCAACAUACUUCUUCGAUUGAUAAUGUAAAUCAACUGAGGUUUGAGCAUGAUAUGUUAGUCUUUGUAUUCCGUUAGUUAGUUUCUUCUCUAGAGGUUAGAAAUUGCAGUCCUGCUCGAGUCCAGUCAUGGUUUAUCGAGAGCUUAUUGAAUCCGUUAACGCUCGUUGGCAUCAAUCUGUGUACGCGGGUUGUAUCUGGUAGGUCUUGUCCGUGCUGCCAACAGAAGAGCAGUGAUCAACAUGAAUUGUGCAUGCUUUUAUCGUUGCCUUCUGCGUGAUUGUUAUUCUGUGUCUUUCGAAGAUACGUUAUCGAGUUAAUUAAGUGCAUAGAAAAUUCCAACAAUGAUUGAUGUUUUCAUUUUGAUCAACGAUAAUCUAAAAAACACUCAACAUGAUUUUUAGGAA